AUGGCCAAGUCAUGUGAAAAGAAGGAUGAAGGUAAUGAUUUAAAGGAAGAUGCACAAGCUCCAGACGGAGGAUGGGGAUGGAUUGUACUCGUAGGUAUCGGAAAGUCAAUGGCAAACAUUCCAAGUAUUAUAAUGGUAGGGAGAUGGUUUGAUAAAAGAAGAUCGCUGGCUAAUGGUCUUGCCACGGCUGGGGCAGGAGUAGGAACGUUUAUCUUUGCACCACUUUUAGAAUUUCUCUUGAGGAAAUACGGUUUCCAAGGAACAAUGCUAGUUAUGGGCAGUGUUAUGCUAAACAUUUGUGUUUGUGGAUCUUUAUUUCGUCCAGUCCCCAAAUAUACCAAACUCAAAGGAUCUAGUUUGACGGGAAUUCCAAAUAAAGUAUUUACAAUAGAUGAAUCGACUGAUUUCUCGAUGGCUGCUGAAGUCAGGAUUCCACAAAAGACAGUAAAUGGAAGUUCUAAUAAAAUUACAACAACAAACUCAAUUAAUGACACAAAAUGUCGACAAUCAAAUAAUAACGAAAACAAACCUUUAAAAAGCUAUUUAGAUUACACAUUACUGACAAAUCAGCGUUUUAUUUGUUUUUGUAUGUCUGUUAUGUUAGCAACACUUGGUCACUCACCUGCAUCAAUCAUGUUACCUGCUUUGGCAAUGCAAUUCAAUAUUAGAUCAAAGGAAGCAGCCUUUUUAUUGUCAAUAACUGGGAUAGCGGAUAUAGUAGGACGUAUAACAUUCGGUGUGUUGUGUGACGUCAAGCUGUUUAAGAAGAAUCGACAGACCUUGUAUGUGUUUGCUAUUUUCAUUAGUGGUGUUGCUAACAUGUGUUGUGGAUUUGCUAGCGAAUAUUGGCACUUUGUGAUAUAUUCGUGUAUUUUUGGGUUAUUUGCCGGCUCUUAUAAUGUUUUGACGCCAGUUAUUUUGGUGGACCUUCUUGGAGUAGAGAAUCUGGCAAGCUCAUGUGGCUUGGCUCUGUUGUUUCAAGGUCUUGGAUUCCUCGUUGGCCCCCCUAUGGCAGGAUUUGUGACCGACAUGUUUGGCGACUAUCAAUCCGGAUUUUACUUUGCAGGAGUUGCUAUGGUUAUCAGUUCUAUUGUUGUCAAUCUCUCGACUUUUUGUACUCUUUGUACGACACUAAAUAAAGACAGUAAAAAUUACGAAAUAAACAGAGCUGACAAAGUAGAAAAUGAGUCAGGAAAUGACAUUAAUGUAGUUGAACACAUAAAGAAUGAAACGAAGAGAUCAUCAGAUAUAACGAUGAUUAAGUUACAUGUAAGAAGUGUUUGACAUAUGACAAAUCGUAGUAAUGUUAUUUAUCGUAUUAAUGAUAAAAGAAUUUAUAUUUAUGCACUGG